AUGGCUCAGCAACAGCCAUCCCGUCGUGUUCUGGACUGGAUCAAGCAACAACACGCCGAAGCGGGGGACGCUUCACGUAGGACGCGUAAGCUAAAGGCAAGACCUCGAAACUCGCUGGAGGAUAUCCUGCAAAAUGAUCCAGCCGCGUCUGGCAGAACACCUCAGCAGAUUCCACUGCCCGGAUCUCGCGAUGGGUCAGCGACUGCCAGUGACCAGAGGGAACGAGGUCGAAAUGCCGCGAAAUCUUCCCUGGAGCUAAUUGAACACGAGGACACAUUCAUACUACCUUCGUCUAUUCCAUUGCCACCAUCAUUGCCGCCCUCACCAAAACUACCUCCAGUACUAGAACAGGCGACCGAGAAUCCGCCGAAGAAACGCCAAACUUAUGCUGAAAUUCUGGACCGCGCAGGGGGUGUAUUCGACCACAUCAAAAAUGGCAAUGUCCGCAAGGUUCCACGAGUGGAGAGAACGUCAAUCACACUCUAUGAGUACUACAGCGAUAACACGGCCUCGAGUGUAGAGAUUGAGGACCCUGAAUUUAUAUCCAACUAUAGCGACGCGCCUCAGGGGUUGAGCGGGCGCGUGUUUAUCGUCGAAGAUCUGUCAGAACGUACUAUCCACGCCUUGGGGGAGGCCUUCGGAGUCACGCCAGAAUUCUUCGAAGAGCAUUUGUUGAAUUCUGGGUACGGCGGUGCUCAGUAUGAUGAUCCGCCGGCGCGGUCAUGGAAGACAGCUGGAUUGAAUAAGUCGUACGUGUCAAUCCAGUGGGUUCGGCCCAUGUAUCGUCGUCAACCACUAUUCUCCAGCCGCGACCGGGAAGACCUACUUGAUUUGGAUCAUGAUGGGUUGGAUUAUAUAUCCGGAAACUCGAUCUUUAGUCUCAAAGCAGAGACAAAUAUCUUUCGUCCCGAGUGGGACCUACGUGUUGAUCCGCGGCGGACAGCAAAGGAGACGAGAGAGUUUGGCUUAGUCGAACGGGCAUCAAUUUGGAAGAAGAAGGCUAAGAAUAGGGAUUAUGAGAUUGUUAUUGUACUGCUUGAUCCUCUGCCGGCAAUUAGUUAUAGCCAUGAUCAGACGCAGGUCAUCCCAAAGAUCGAUAUGAACUCCGACAGUGAUCACGAUUAUCGUGAUGCUAGUGAUAGUGAUGGAGCAGGAACUCGACCAAUUUUGAUAAUCGAGGGUGAUGAUGGCGUCGAGGCCCUGGCGAUCCCAAUCGAGAACCCACGGCGAGAGAGAACCGGACGUCGGGUAUUCGACUGGCUACUUAGGCGGAAGAGGCCCGAAGUACAUAGAACAAAAGUGAAUCUUGAGAGAACCAUCCAGGUUUUGGUCAAGCAGAUGGCUUCACGGAAACCCGUUACUAUCGAUCUGGAGGAGGCUAUUGUGACAGGCGAUCUCUUGGCGACUCUCCAGGAUGAGCUCAACGAGACUAGGUCUACCCAGCAGGAAAUUCACCAUAUGGUAGAGAAAAAGACUGCGCCAGUCAGUCUGCUCGAUACACUGUUCGAGAUCAUUCGCCAGGAUACUUUGACCCUGCUCCGGGUGCUCAACGAGAUCUUGAGCGACAUGGAGGUCGAUAUCCUGGAUGACACGAAAAUGGAGGAUCGAUUAACAUUGUGGCGUCAACUCUUAACUAAAGCCGAGCGAGAGCUGUUGGAUCUGAUUGCCUCUAUUAAGGAAUUUCUGGCGUUCUUUGGUAUCACACACCCUGCCAAUACAUCUCCAGCAGCAUCCGAUGAGAGCUCAGAUAUCUUACGAAGCGUAUCAGAUCUUUUUGACCAAAUCAACCAGAUGCUUGCCCGGCUCCGACGUGCAUCUUCCUCAUUGACAUCCAACAUGGGUCUUCUGGACAGCCGACGUUCCAUUGACGAGGCACACGCCGUAACGCGACUCACUGAGCUGGCGUUCAUCUUCAUCCCACUCUCGUUUUCAGCAUCCGUUUUUGGCAUGCAGAUCGAGCCCUUCGAAGACUCAGCGCCCGUGUGGAAAUUUUUCGUUGUCGCAAGUACCGUAACAACUUUUGCCUACCUGAUGCGACUGACAAUGCGCAGCCAAUGGCUAGCAAGUUUGAAGCAGAAUGUGAAGCAGGAUGUUAGACGGUACGCAGAACAACACAGCAUUCCUGUGCAGGUCAGAUCUCUAUCAAUGUUGCUGCUCCUGCGGUGGUUCGGGAGUGUACUCAACCGGAGCGGGAAGGCAACCUGGUCAUGGAUAAACAAGACGAGUCGCAAGGCUGGAACGGAGUUAUGGCAGGUGAUCGGAUUCCCAGUCGGUCUCAUUCUGAUUACCGGUAUUGUUGCCGUUGCACCCAUAGCCGUACUCUGGACUCGGAAUAUGGACCAGGGCGUGCAGGGUACAGUUACCGCUGCGAUUAUGCUUGCCAUCCUAGGACUGGUUGGCAUACCAUAUUGGCGCAAUUCCGAUCCAGACUUUCGCUAUGCACUCCCCAGGGUCAUCCUGCGUUUGUUUGAGCGUAUUCCGCCAACAACCCGCUUGAUACUUAUCUGGGCUCUUGGAAUCAUGGCCUUCGUUGCAAUCCCGCUUGCAUUGAUAUGGACGCGUCCAUUGGCUUCAGGUAUUAAAGCCGGCUUGACUGCGGCUAUUGUGGUGAUUUUGGUCACUGGUGUCGGGUUUCUAGUCAUGCAGCUUUUGUACUCUAGGGCUUUAAACAUAUCGCGGGGGACUACAAUUAGCUCUUCGGAGGGCACAUCCGUCUCUGCAGAGCCUGUUGUACAGGAUUUGCGUAUCUAG